AUGCUGCUACACGCGAAGGACAAGGGUUUAGAGAUGGUUAGACAAAUGGAUUCUGCUCAUGAGACCGAGGUGAAUCAUAGGGUUUUUGGUUUCCCUAAAGACUCUGAUUACCAAUUUUAUGAGCUCAACGAAGCUGAUGAUGAGAAGAAAAUGGGUAUGGCUUCGAAGGAGGACAAACAACAAGUUCCGGACUACAAAUCGUUCUUAUCAGAGUUCGACGACUAUGUCGCAAACGAGAAAAUCCGUUCUGGAGUUUCUAGGUCAUUGCGCUAUGGAUUUGAAAUGGGUGAUAUGGUAUGGGGAAAAGUGAAAUCACAUCCAUGGUGGCCAGGUCGUAUAUUCAACGAAGCUUUUGUUUCACCUUCUGUUCGUAGUAUGAAGAAGAUUGGUUACGUUCUGGUUGCUUUCUUCGGAGAUAAUAGCUAUGGUUGGUUCGAUCCUUCUGAGCUUAUUCCUUUUGAGCCUCAUGUUACAGAGAAAUCUCACCAAACUAAUUCGAGUAACUUUGUAAAAGCUUUGGAAGAAGCUAUGGAGGAAGCAUGUAAAAGGUCAGCUCUUGGAUUGGCUUGUAAAUGUCGGAAUCCUCAUAACUUUAGGGAUAGUAAUGUACAAGGUUACUUUGUUGUUGAUGUGCCUGAUUACGAAGUUCAAGCUGUUUACUCUUCUAAGCAGAUUAAGAAAGCUAGGGAUAGUUUUUCGUCUGCUCAAACUCUGUUGUUCGUGAAGCGGUGUGCAUUAGCACCUCGAGAGUUUGGUUCAGAGAGUAUAAAGUUUUACCAGAAGAAAGCAGCGGUUUACGCUUUCCGCAGGGCGGUGUUCGAGGAGUUUGAUGAAACGUAUGAACAAGCUUUCAAGGCAAAAUCUGCAUACACUUUAGUGAAGACACAAGAACCUAAAACACCUUCUCGAGCCCUCUUGAGUGGCUCACUGGUCAUUGCAGAAGCUCUAGGCGACCCAAAGAGCUCUGAAAACGCUAUGAAAGUAAAAGAGUCUACUACACAAGACAAAUAUCUUCCCAAAAAAAGAGAGGAAUCUGGUGAUAUGACAGUGCAUUUUGACCAGGUCCAAGCAUCUUCUCAGCUUCAGGGCAUUAAUGGAUCUUCAGCUGGGGAUCAUGUACUGCCGAGGAGAACUCCAAAUCUCCAAACUCCAAGCGGUGAUACUCCUGGAGAGGAAUCUACGGUUUCAAAGCUCUCUUGUUAUGAGGACAUUGGUUUAGCUCAAGAAUCAAAGGCGAGAAUGGGAGAAAACGUUGCUCUAUUUCCAGAGGAUGAGAUGUUUUCAGCAAUGACCAAGCUUCAACAAGAUGAGACUGGCAGGGGCACGCUAACUAGAUCAACCGAAGGCUCUCUCCAGCCAUUUAUUGAGCGUGAAUGUUCUGCAGGGGUUGGGAUCAGGAAAGUCAAUGUCCUGAAACGGUCUUCUAGUGAAAUGAAUUCCAAGAAUGGUCCGAAGAAGAAACUGAUAAAGAAGAAAGAGCCUAGGUUAGAGCUUAGCCGUGGCAAUCCAGAUAAGAGGAAAGCUUUAACUUUUGUGGAAGCUUGGGCCAAGAAAUCAUCACAAUUAGAUUCAGCAGAAAGACACUCCAAUAUGUUGACUGUGAGAAACUUUAAACUCGACGUUCUGCAGCUAUUGAGUAAUUUGCAAGCUCUCUCGCUUGACCCUUUCUCUGGCUUCUCGGAUAGAAGUUCUAUUAAAGCUGUAAAGCAGUUCUUUUUGCGUUUCCGGUCACUUGCUUACCAGAAAAGCUUGGCCAAGUCACCUUUCGCAACAAAACCGUCAAAAUCUGCAAAGACUUUGAGCAGCAGCAAUGAAUCAUCAAAGGCCGGGGAAAAACGCCUCUCAUCUGGCCAUCAACAAGAUAUCCCAUCAACUAAGAAGCUAAAGAAAACUAGUCUGCUCAAACCUAAGGCUUCUGACAAGAAAACCAACCAAGAAGCAAAGAAGAGUUCAAAUCUUGCACCUUUGAUUCCUGGAAGAAACCAAAGUGGUCCCGUCUCUAUCAAUGCCAAACCUCAACCAGGAAAGAAGAUGGCUCCAUCUGCAAAGGUAAUUGAGCCCACGAUGCUGGUCAUGAAGUUUCCCUACGGUACAUCUCUCCCUUCAACCGCUCUGCUUAAAUCAAGGUUUGGUCGCUUUGGACCAUUGGAUCAAUCAGCCAUUAGAGUUUUCUGGAAAGCCUCCAUCUGCCGUGUUGUCUUUCUGUACAAACUCGAUGCGCAGACUGCCUUAAGGUAUGCAUCAGGAAGCAACUCUCUUUGGCAACGUGAAUGUGACCUACUUUCUCCGUGA